AUGGUUGAAAAAGAGACAGGCCAUCAAAGUGUCGCAGAAGGAUGGGAAGAUAUUAACAUCCAACUAGUGAACGUGUCCAGUAUUAACAUCCAACUAGUAAACGUGUCCAGGAUUAACAUCCAACUAGUGAACGUGUCCAGGGUUAAUAUCCAACUAGUGAACGUGUCCAGGGUUAAUAUCCAAAUAGUGAACGUGUCCAGGGUUAAUAUCCAACUAGUGAACGUGUCCAGGGUUAAUAUCCAACUAGUGAACGUGUCCAGGGUAAAUAUCCAACUAGUGAACGUGUCCAGUAUUAAUAUCCAACUAGUGAACGUGUCCAGUAUUAAUAUCCAACUAGUGAACGUGUCCAGGGUAAACAUCCAACUAGUGAAUGUGUCCAGGGUAAAUAUCCAACUAGUGAACGUGUCCAGUAUUAAUAUCCAACUAGUGAACGUGUCCAGGAUUAAUAUCCAACUAGUGAACGUGUCCAGGGUAAACAUCCAACUAGUGAAUGUGUCCAGGGUAAAUAUCCAACUAGUGAACGUGUCCAGGAUUAAUAUCCAACUAGUGAACGUGUCCAGGGUAAACAUCCAACUAGUGAAUGUGUCCAGGGUAAAUAUCCAACUAGUGAACGUGUCCAGUAUUAAUAUCCAACUAGUGAACGUGUCCAGGGUAAAUAUCCAACUAGUGAAUGUGUCCAGUAUUAAUAUCCAACUAGUGAACGUGUCCAGGGUAAAUAUACAACUAGUGAAUGUGUCCAGGAUUAAUAUCCAACUAGUGAACGUGUCCAGGGUUAAAAUCCAAAUAGUGAACGUGUCCAGGGUUAAUAUCCAACUAGUGAACGUGUCCAGGGUUAAUAUUCAACUAGUGAACGUGUCCAGGAUUAAUAUCCAACUAGUGAACGUGUCAAGGAAUAAUAUUCAACUAGUGAACGUGUCCAGGAAUAAUAUCCAACUAGUGAACGUGUCCAGGGUAAACAUCCAACUAGUGAAUGUGUCCAGUAUUAAUAUCCAACUAGUGAACGUGUCCAGUAUUAAUAUCCAACUAGUGAACGUGUCCAGGGUAAAUAUCCAACUAGUGAACGUGUCCAGGGUUAAUAUCCAACUAGUGAACGUGUCCAGGAUUAAUAUCCAACUAGUGAACGUGUCCAUGAUUAAUAUCCAACUAGUGAACGUGUCCAGGGUAAACAUCCAACUAGUGAAUGUGUCCAGGGUAAAUAUCCAACUAGUGAACGUGUCCAGUAUUAAUAUCCAACUAGUGAACGUGUCCAGGGUAAAUAUCCAACUAGUGAAUGUGUCCAGUAUUAAUAUCCAACUAGUGAACGUGUCCAGGGUAAAUAUCCAACUAGUGAAUGUGUCCAGGGUAAAUAUCCAACUAGUGAACGUGUCCAGUUUAACAUCCAACUAG